CACAAUCAUGGCUGCCGUGCUUGAAAGUGGAAUUCAGUGAUAACAAUGUUACCUAUUUCUUCUGAAGACAGAAAUCGUUUGUGGUAAACUAUAUUAUUCUGUUAUAUUUAUUGGGUCCUCCUUACCAAAUUGUGGAGAUAAACGGACAACCAUGGCACAUUACGGACAAGCAGCAAGGAAAGAUCCUCCCUGGUCACAGCUAGGUCAAGCAGUAAUGUCUGCUCAGGGGCCCACUCUAAUUGGAAAUCCACAAGCUGGUGGUCCGGCUGGUGUCUACGCCCAGAUGGGAGCGCCAGGGGUAGCACAGGGUAUUCCCCAGGCUAGCGCUUAUCAAAUACAACAACAACAACAGCAGCAGCAACAACAACAACAACAACAACAACAGCAACAACAACAGCAGCAACAACAGCAGCAACAACAACAGCAGCAGCAACAGCAGCAGCAACAGCAACAGCAACAACAACUUCUGGUUCAACAGCAACAAAUGCAGGUCAACCAGAUGAAUGCCCUGCAGUCCAACAUGGCAGCACCUGCAAUCGCCCAGAAUAACCCAGCCGGAGUAGGAGGAAAUGCAGCCCAGCUGACUGUAAGCUACCCAGCACCUCGCUCCACCCAGGCCCCUCAGCCCAAGCAGAGGGUGUUCACUGGCACUGUCACCAAAAUGCAUGAUACAUUCGGCUUUGUGGAUGAAGAUGUGUUCUUUCAAAUGACCUCUGUCAAAGGACCUCUGCCCAAAGUCAUGGAGAGAGUUUUAGUGGAAGCUACAUACAAUCCAAAUAUGCCCUUCAAAUGGAAUGCAACUAGAAUUCAAGUUCUACCCAGUCAGCAGCAGCAGAGCAUACCGUUAUUGAAAGCUCCUCCCGGCCAAGGUCUAAUGGGCCAAGCUCCCCCCUCUAUGAUGGGUAUGCAACCUCAGGUUGGAAUGGGACAAGGGGUAGCUCCACCUAUAGUACCAACAGGACCUGGUGGACCAGGCUUACUUGCCCACCCUCAUGGCCCAAUGCAGGUUCAGCGCCGACCUGAGCCUGUCCGCACUGACCCACUGCGUACUUCUUACGACCAGCGAGACCGCGACAGGGAAUCGCGAAGACGCGAGCGGGAACUGGAGCGAGAACGAGACAGGGAACGGGAACGAGAACGCGACCGAGAGAGAGACCGAGAGAGAGAGCGGGAAAGAGAACGUGAGCGCGAUCGACGACGUAUAGAGCGAGAGAAGACGCCCCCUGCACACCACCGUUCCUAUUCUCCUCGACGCUCACCAAAAAGGACUCGCAGACCUGCACCUCGCUAUGUUGUACAGAUUGCAAAACAUUCCUUAGACAUCUCGAAAACAAAUGUCAUCGAACUCCGUAAGCGUUACAGUAACAUGUAUAUCCCAAGUGAUUUCUUUGCGUCUAACUUCACCUGGCAAGAGGCUUUCCCCUUGCAUCGUACUCUUGGGUUAGGCAACAGUUGUAGCUUCCAUGUCAUGAGUAAGGACGUUGAACCCCUGGAGAAGAACUCUGCGGUAUUGGAACCGUCUGAUGCAAGCUACAAAUACAGUGCGAAGGUCAUGAUGAUGGCAUCAAGCAACCUGGAAGACUUCUACGAGCAGUGUUGCUCAAGGCCACAGGACUCCAGCGAUGUCCGCGAGAACUUCCAACAUCCGACCCGUCUCAUCAACUUCCUUGUCGGUCAGAAGGGUAAAAAUGAAGCCAUGGCCAUCGGGGGUCCCUGGUCCCCGUCGCUAGAUGGUCAGGAUCCUCUGAACGACACCACUGUGUUGAUCAAAACUGCUAUCCGAACAACCAAAGCGCUGACCGGGAUCGAUCUGAGUGAUUGUCUUCACUGGUUCCGGUUUCUUGAGCUGCAUUACCAUCGCCCAGAGAGGAUCUCCAAGGGCCAGCUUGUCCCCGCCUGUGUUGAAACUGUGGUUAUUUUCCUUCCGGAUGUAUGGCAUCUUUUACCCACCAGGGCGGAGUUCGAGGGGCUCGGAGCCCGUUACAAGCAGAAACUCCAGGAGCUGCAACAACAGCCUCCGGGGAAGACACCGAGCAGCGACUUGCAGGCACAGAAACUAGAGGAGGAGGAAGAGUCCGAGGCAUCGGUUACCAUGACGCCAGUACACUUCAGUCUUCUCGAUCCCAAGACUAUGAAGGUGAAUGACCUUCGACAGGAGUUGGAGUGCCGAGGUCUGAACUCCAAGGGGCUGAAGUCACAACUUAUCGCCCGCCUCACUAAGACGCUGAAGAUGGAGGCCGAAAGGGAAGAAGAAGGAGAGGCUGCAGUGAGACCUCCAGGGACUGAAGAUGAUGUCACGUUCAAAGAUAACACUAAGGACGAGGAGGAGAUGGAGACAGACUUACAGAAAGAGGACAAGAAGAAACUUGAUGAGAAACAGAAGAAGGAUCUGGAGCGUAAAUACAGCUUACCAGAGAGUCCCUCUCUAAUAGUCCAUCCCUCCAGCACUGCAAAGAGUGGAAAGUUUGAAUGCAACGUUGUGUGUCUGAGUGUUCUCCUAGAUUACAGGAUUGAAGACAAUAAAGAACAUUCAUUUGAGGUAUCUCUGUUUGCAGAGUUAUUCAAUGAGAUGUUACAACGAGAUUUUGCCUUCAAUAUCUACAAGGCAUUAUACCAAGCACCAGAAAAGAAGGAAAAGGACAAAGACAGAAAAGACAAGGAUGAGCCAAAAGCUAAGAGACGGAAGACGUCUAGUGAUGAUAAAAAAGAUGAGAAAGCAGACAAAGAUGACAAAAAGGAAACAGAGAAGGAUGAAGACAGAAUGGAGGAUGAUGAAGAUCAGGGAGAUGAUGAAGAAGAAGAUGGAAAAAGUGACGCAGAAGAAGAGGAAGAAUCUGACGAUAAAAAGAAAUCUGACGACAAGAAGAAAGAUCCCAAGAAGAAAUCAAGACGUCCAAAGCUCGAGACGACAGACCCCAAUCUUCUCCUGUCCUGUGUUUACUUUGAUCAGAAUCACACCAACUACUUAGUGGACAGAGACACCGAGGAAAUCAUACAUAGUAUUGGUCUACAUCUGUCUAGAUCACAGGUUCGGAAGAUUGUUCAGAAAGUUGUCUCUCGAGACUCCAUGUCCAGGGAGAUCUUUAACUAUCGCAAGCUGACGGAUAAAUCCACAGAAGAAUCUGAAAGCAGUAAAGCCGAACAGCAAAUAAACGGCAGUGUUUCUGACUCACUGCUGGCCAAAGGUAAUUAUGAACUGUUGAAGGCGAGCACUAAGACCUCACCAGUCAAGACUAAGCAGGAUGAAGACGAUUCAGCAUACUUGGUAACUUACCAAGGUAGCGUCAUUGACAUCCAAAACCUACUCCUCAAGGUUGAGAAGAGUGAACAGGACCGUCUUAUGGCCGAGCGCAAAAUUGAUGAAAUGGAAUUCAUUGUUGAUAGUCUGAGAACCAAUGUGUCGUCGUCCGAGGCCAAUGCUCAAGGUAUGGUGGCGAACUUGGACGAUAUGCGGAAACGUCUCUACACCACGGAAAAACAGUUGAAGUCUGCCGAGAAACAAGCGCAGAUGUACAAGGACGUCCUUCACUCCUCUAAAAAAUCCCUGGGAUCGGUCAUGGGUAAGCUGGAAGAAGCUCUCGCCGACAAGAAAGCCGACGGAGACAAAGACGGCAAAGAUAAAGGGAAAACUGAGAUCAAGAAAGAGUUUGAAAGUACAAAAGAUAAGGAUUCAAAAUCUACCAAAGAUGAUAAGUAAAUGUUUUUCAUGGUUUUUUUUUUUUAUGGGGAGCCUCAGUUAGGUGAAAAAGUUACAUUAAAUUUUGUUAUAUUUUAAUGUGUGUUAAAGGUGUUAUACAGGAUUGGGAGAGCUGACAAAAUUGUUGCAGACAGCGUUCAUGUUUUAUGUGACUAUCAAAAUACAUACAAUAACAAAACUGAAAAUUUAGGUGUAAUCCAUUGUGUUAGUCGGGAGAAAAAAGUUUAAAACAUAUUGGAAACACAUUGUCCUUAAUUUUGGUCGUAACAACCAAAAUCAACUGUUGCGUUUUUUUGUAUUUUUAGGUUUUCAGGUACAUUUUUUGUGAAUACCACUUCCUUUCAGAGGGGAACAUUUCACUGAACAAAUGUUUUCUGGAAUGAACCUCAUUAUCAGUCAGCUUUCGGACAAACAUUUAAAAAUGAUGUUCGCUAUCCUUUCACAAUCCUCUAUGAUACCUUUAAUAAAGAAUGUUGAUUUGAAAUAUUUCAAAAUAUUGAAUUUACUAUAAUUAUUCAGUGAAAUAUCUCUUGUCCUGUGGUGCAUAUUGGUCUUAUAGAGAUAUUUUUGCAGUCUAACAGUUUGUUUUUCCUUUUAUCAGCUCAACAAACCAUCCGUUGAUCGAUAGCAAAAAUAUGUAAGGCAUAUUUAAGAGUUUACUUUUUUUUUUUUUUAAACAUGUAGGAAUGAUGCAGUGGUGGUUCAAAACUUGAAAGUAUCUUUUGAUUAUGAGUAUUAAUUGUUACCUUACCAAGUAUGUAAGGUUGUUUUUUAAGAAAUUAACCAAAAAACAUCCACCUGUAUCCUUCAAAAAACUAAAGUGUCCUGCUGUUUCAAUGUGAUUUCAUAUUUCCAAACAUUUGAUAUGACUGAAAUAUAAAGGUUUUUAAGACUGAGGUUAAUAUUUAGCAUAAUUAUUCUGUUUCAAAGACGUUUCAAUUUAGAAAUGUGAGGGUGGUCAUAGUAUGAUGUCGGAGCCAAAGAGAUAUUUUAAUUAUAAACAGAUAGUGCUAAAUCAAGUUUUUAUAAGCCAGGUUUCAAGUUUAAGUAGAAUGCCAUUUUUUUUUUCACUAAAAACAUCUCGACAAAUCAUUAAUAGAUUUUUCUUAUGAAAGAUAAAACUUCUGAUUUUUACCCAGGGCAAACAAAACAAAAACAGGAAAGCAGACUAAAGUAGGCAGAGUAUCAUGCUAGUUUGGUUGCCAUGUAUUGUUGCUUCUGUUUGUGUACAUGUACUGCAUUUAGUUGAGAGGUAAUUUGACAGUUAUUGUGUGGGCUUGUGAGCUAUAACCAUACGUGUAUACUGAAAAUUGUCAGCAAAGUUCAAGCAAGGAGUUAGGUAGUUGAGUCAGUCAGUUCAUGCUGUAGUUACAAGGUGCAAAGGAAAUAAUAUAUGCAAAUUAGCUCCAAUCCUUCCCCCAUUCGGUGGAAUUGUAACAUUCUUGGCCUCUUCAUGUAGGGGUUAAUAAAGGCAGUGGACGCUAUUGGUAGUUACUCAAAAUAAUUAUUAGCAUAAAACCUUACUUGACAAGGGUGUUU